CUCAGCAUAUUCAGAAAAGUCAAGUAUAGACUAGGAGAACACUACCAUGCCACCCACUCGAACGUCGACUUGUCAGGUCUGUCACGAAAAACCGCAGAAAUACAGGUGUCCGGUCUGUUCGGCGCCAUACUGUUCGGUGGGAUGUUACAAAUCUCAUAAAGAGAAGUCGCACGGAGAUGCCACUGGAAAUAGGACAGGAGCAGGAUCCACAUCGUCGACCACCUUCACGCCUCACCCACAGGUUCCAGCACUACCGAUACCUCUUAAUCUCCCGCCUCUCCACCUUCCCGGCCGGGCAGACCCUCUGCAGAUCCAAAUCCAACCCGAAUCAACCGCCUCGAACUCCAACUCGAACUCCAACUCUAUCUCUACCCCCCGGGCAUCCUCUUUAUCCUCUUCAUCGAAAACAACUUCAACUCGAAGAAGAAGAAGACUCCGACCGCUCUCCGACCUCAGAUGGCCAUCAGCACCGGAUGAGAGCACGUACUUAGAUCCGCUUUUGAGGGAUGAACCUAAACCUUUGAGGAUCGGGUGGGUUGGUGGAUCUGGGGCGGGUGGGACGUCAGCUGCUGGUGCAUUUGCAUCAGGAUCUGGAUCGGCUGCUGGCAAUGAAGCAACGGGAAGAGAGACGAGAGGAACGGGAGAGAUGGUUGGAUACGCGGCGUUGGCGACUUCGGGCGGGUUGAGGAGGUUGUUAGAGGUCGAAGAUCGGGUUGAGGUCGAGGUCGAGGUCGAUGAUCGGGUUGAGCACAUGGAGCGGGUCGAGAAUGAGGAUGAGGAGCGGGUUGGAGGUGGAGGUCAAGGUGAUGGUGAUGAAGAGGUCAGGGGAGCGGAUCGGGGGUCGAUCUCAACAACGCCAGCAACAACGACAACACAAUCGGCCGAGGCGGAGCUGGCGGCAGACGCGGCGGUACCUCCUCCGACCAUGAAACCCACUCCAGAUUCUGAUUAUGUCUCAGCGGCGAACUCGGCAGUGUCAACAGCGACGAUAUCCCCAACAUCUCCCGCAGCCUCAGCCGUAACAAAACCAGCACCCGCACCUCGUCCUCCGACACUCCCCUCGAACCAACCCCAACCCCAACCUCAAACCCCGAACGAAACCCUCCGACGCCUUCUCAGACUGCUCCACACUUACCCCCGGUACGCCAGGAAAGAGGUCUUGGCGAAAUUGUUAGGGUUCGAAGGCGAGCUCGCCGUCGAUCACGAUUACGGUACGGGUGGUAGCGGGAAGCAGGAAGGCGCAAGGGGAAGUGCGAGGGGAGGUAUAAGAGGGAGGAGGAUCAGGGUGGACAAGGUCCCUGAGGGGGGUUGGGUGUUGAGGCCGUUUCCUGGAUCAGGAGGUGGAGGUAUUACAGGGAGAUGGACGGAAGGUAGAUCGAAGCACGGUAAAUCGAAACAACACCCCGUCCCGAAUCAGAGGACCGAGAUGGACAUCCAAGCAAUGCACAUUGGUGAGAAGGAGACGCUGGCUUUCAGGGCUUUUGCCGAGUGUGUACGUGGGGUUGUCGGGGAUGGUGACAAGGAUGCGGGUCCGGGGGUGGAGUGGGAGGUGUAAAGUCGUUUGGAGCGGAGUCGUCUUCUUGCGCGCUAUCGCGUGGACUGUAGCUAUAAGCCAGGGGCUAGGCUUCUAGCGCUACGAACUCGUAGCUAUGUAGUACUGCGCUAUCCAUUACAUGCUCGUACCGUUUGACGGUGUCUA